AUGGACAGCAGUGAAGAUGAGAAAAGUGAUGCAACGUUUCUGGACCUUUCCAACAGAAGUAACAGGAAUAAUCAAGAGAUGAUCGCAGCAGCCAAAGGAUGCAUACAAUUAAAAGGAUUCAAUGAUAUAGGUCAUAGCAGAAUGCAGUCAGAACACAAAGCAUGUGGACCAGCUGAAUUUCUCUGCUAUGACCAGAUGACCUGCAUCUCAUUGAACUGGCUUUGCGAUGGUGAACCGGAUUGUUCCGAUGAUUCAGAUGAGUCUCUUGAUCAAUGUCAUCAGACCAGAUUAACCAGAUGUCCUGUGAAUCAUUUUGACUGCAUUGGAACAAGACGAUGUAUUCACAUGAGCAAACUCUGCAAUGGCAUAAAUGACUGUCUGGAUGGACUUGAUGAAGGAUCUCAUUGCCGAGAAUUUUCGCCUACUUGUAACCAGGCCAAUUGUCAGUAUCAAUGUGCAGUCACAAGAACUGGUGCAACUUGUUACUGCAGUGAUGGUUUUAAAGUAGCACAAGAUGGGAAAAAUUGUGAAGAUUUUGAUGAAUGCAGUGUUUAUGGAACUUGUAGUCAAACAUGUACGAACUACAUUGGAUCUUAUACAUGUGGCUGUGUGGAAGGUUACUUGUUGCAGCCAGACAACAGAAUUUGCAAGGCUAAAAACGAAACCUUUGCUCGACAACCUGUACUUUUGAUUGCCAAUGUUAAAAGUAUUGUGGUGACCAGUCUGAAUGGAUCAAGUAUUCCUGGUCAGAAUUCUGUCACUGCUAAUGGAAUCAUUGCACUGGAUUUUAUUUAUGAUGAGGAGCUGGUCUGCUGGAUAAUAGCUGAAGAAAUGUCUACUCAUGCUGAACUGAAAUGUGCCAAGCUGACACCGCUGAAUGGAUUUACUGAAGAGAGAGUCAUCAAUAUUUCACAUAGCCUCCACAAUGUGGAACAAAUGGCUUUAGACUGGCUUACUGGAAACUAUUACUUUGUGGAUGAUGUCAGUGACCGAAUAUUUGUAUGCAAUCAAAACGGUGAUACUUGUAUUACACUGCUAGAUCUGGAGCUACACAAUCCCAAAGGAAUUGCCCUUGAUCCAGCCAUGGGAAAACUAUUCUUCACUGAUUAUGGGGAUGUUGCCAAGAUUGAAAGAUGUGACAUGGAUGGACAAAGCAGAUCCAGGAUUGUGGACAGUAAAAUAGAACAGCCAUAUGCCAUCACACUUGAUUUAGUAAACAAAUUGGUCUACUGGGCAGAUGUUUAUCUCGAUUAUAUUGAAGUGGUGGAUUAUGAAGGAAAAAAUAGACAUACAAUUAUUCAUGGACGUGAUGUUAGACAUCUUUACAGUUUGGCAGUGUUUGAAAACUUCAUUUAUGCCAUCAACUUAGAUAAUUUCACUGCUAAGUACAAAUUAAGCGUCACUAAAAUAAACAGAUUCAAUGGUACAGAUAUGGAAACACUUGCAAAAUUAGAGAAUGGCAAAGUUCUACACGUCUACCACAAACUAAGGCAACCACCAGUUAGAAGUCAUGCUUGUGAGCUGGAUCUAUAUAAUAAACCAGGAGGAUGCUCCCACAUCUGCCUACUCAGCAGCAGCCACAAAACAAGGACAUGUCGUUGCAGGACUGGCUACACCUUAGGGAAUGAUGGAAAGUCUUGUAAAAAACCAAAGAACGAAUUGUUCCUGUUUUAUGGAAAAGGACGUCCCGGAAUAAUUCGAGGAAUGGAUCUGAAUACAAAAGCAGUUGAUGAAUAUAUGAUACAAGUAGAGAACCUUGUCAAUCCACGAGCUCUUGAUUUCCAUGCAGAAACAAAUUAUAUCUACUUUGCUGAUACAACCAGCUUCUUAAUUGGACGACAGAAAAUCGAUGGCACAGGGCGAGAGACAAUCCUAAAAGAUGGUGUGGAUAAUGUUGAAGGCAUCGCUGUGGACUGGAUUGGGAAUAACUUGUAUUGGACAGAUGAUAGUUAUAAGAAGUCUAUAAGCGUAGCAAGACUGGAGAAGGCUUCUCAGACCAGGAAGACUUUGGUAGAAGGUGAGAUGUCACAUCCAAGAGCCAUCGUUCUGGAUCCUAUGCAUGGAUGGAUGUACUGGACAGAUUGGGAAGAGGAAGAAAUAGACAACAUGACAGGAAGAAUUGAGAAAGCUUGGAUGGAUGGUUCCAAUCGCCAGCUCUUUGUGACAACAAUGAUGCUAUGGCCAAAUGGUUUAACCCUCGACUAUAACAAUGGAAUACUGUAUUGGUGUGAUGCGUACUACGAUCACAUUGAAAGGAUUUUUUUAAAUGGCACAGAUAGAAUGAUAGUAUAUGGUGGGAAAGAAUUGAAUCACCCCUUUGGAUUGUCACAUUAUGGAAAAUUUAUUUUCUGGACUGAAUACACAAAUGGAACAAUUUUUCAAUUGGAUUUAAUAUCAAAGAAUGUUUCACUGCUUCGAAAAGAAAGGCCGCCAUUAUUUGGACUGAGAAUCUAUGAUGCUCAGCAGCAACAACAACUACAAGCUGAUAACUUGACUCGUGGAAACAAUGGUGGAUGCAAUAGCCUGUGUUUGAUCAUUCCUGGUGGCAGAGUUUGUGCUUGUGCUGAUGGGCAAUAUUUGGAUGAGGACAAUGUUACCUGCAAAUGUAAUCCUAAUUUUCACUUGUUUUUUCCCCCAGUAAAACCUGGCCCUACAACUUUCCAACAGUGCCAUUUUGGAGAGUUUGCUUGUCGAAAUGGAAGAUGCAUUCAGGAACGCUGGAAAUGUGAUGGUGAUAAUGAUUGCUUUGAUGGCAGUGAUGAAGACCAAGACAUCUGCUACAACAGUACAUGCCCUGCUAAUCACUUCAGAUGCCAAAAUAAUCGUUGCAUUCCUAAAAGGUGGCUGUGCGAUGGAGCUAAUGAUUGUGUCAACAGUGAAGAUGAAUCGAAUGAAACUUGUUCAGGGAAGACUUGCCAACCCAAUCAAUUUUCUUGUACCACUGGCCGUUGCAUCCCAAUGUCAUGGGUUUGUGAUUUAGAAGAUGACUGUGGAGAUCGAUCUGAUGAAGCUGUUUCAUGUGCAUUUCCAACCUGCACUCCACUAACUCAGUUCACUUGUAAUAACGGAAGGUGCAUUACAAUUAAAUGGCGUUGUGAUUCAGAUGAUGACUGUGGAGAUGGCAGUGAUGAGGUGGGUUGUUCUCCUUCCUGUACCAACACUCAGUUCAAAUGUAACAACGGCCGAUGUGUUCCGGAGCAUUGGAUCUGUGACGGAGACAAUGACUGUGGUGAUUUUAGCGAUGAAACCCACGCCAAUUGUACAGAACAAGCCACAAGGUCACCUGGUGGUUGCCACAGAAAACAAUUUCAGUGCUAUUUAGAUGGCAACUGUGUUCCACAACGAUGGCAUUGUGAUGGCGAUUGGGACUGUGAAGAUGGCAGUGAUGAAAGCAACUGUGAAAGAAGCACAAGGAUGUGUGACUCUCAUUUAGAAUUCAAAUGCAAAGACACAGGACGAUGCAUCAAUGUGACAUGGGUGUGUGAUGGGGAAAAUGACUGUGAAGAUCACUCAGAUGAAGAAAACUGUGGAGCAUUUGGUUGCAAACCACCAACCUAUCCUUGUGCUGGAAAUACAUCGAUUUGCCUUUUGUUGGACAAGUUCUGCAAUGGGAAAGAAGAGUGUCCAAACGGUGCCGAUGAGAGUGCACUUUGUGAUGAGUGCUUUCUGAAUAAUGGAGGAUGCAGUCACCACUGCACUUUUGUAAUAGGGGAAGGCCUCGUCUGCUCUUGCCCUACAGGAAUGCACUUAAGCUCAGACAAGAAAACCUGCAUUGUCCUCGAUUACUGCAGAAAGCAUCUCCGUUGCAGCCAAGUAUGUGAACAACACAAGAAGACAAUUAAGUGCUCAUGUUAUGAGGGCUGGUUACUUGCACCUAAUGGUGAUAGUUGCAUUAGUUUAGAUCCUAUUGAGCCAUACAUAAUUUUUUCCAUUCGGCAUGAGAUUCGAAGACUGGAUCUUCACAAGCAAGACUACAACUUAUUAGUCCCUGGCUUGAGGAACACAAUAGCAAUUGAUUUCCAUUUCAAUCAGAGUUCUCUAUAUUGGACCGAUGUUGUGGAAGAUAAAAUUUACAAAGGAAAACUGUCAGAUGUUGGAGCUGUAAGCAGUGUGGAAGUUAUUGUACAGCAUGGUCUAGAUACUCCUGAAGGGUUAGCUGUGGACUGGAUUGCAGGAAACAUCUACUGGAUAGACAGCAAAAUGGAACAGAUUGAAGUAGCAAAACUGGAUGGCAGCAUGAGGACUACUUUAAUCGCAGGUUCUAUGGUGUAUCCACGGGCCAUAGCUUUGGAUCCUCGAUAUGGAAUUCUUUUUUGGACAGAUUGGGAUUCUAGUUUCCCACGUAUUGAGGCUGCUUCAAUGAGUGGAGCAGGAAGGAAGACAAUCUACAAAGCUUUGGGAACUGGUGGCUGGCUUAAUGGACUAACAGUGGAUUACCUUGAGAACCGAAUUGUUUGGAUUGAUGCUAUGUCAGAUGGUAUAUAUUCAGCCUUAUAUGAUGGCACAGAAUUGAUAGAAGUCCUACGUCAUCAUGAAUACCUUUCGCAUCCAUUUGCUGUAACAGUGUAUGGAGGUGAUGUUUACUGGACUGACUGGAAGACUAACACCCUAUUGAAAGCCAACAAAUGGACUGGCCACAAUGUUACUGUGGUGCAGAGAACCAGUGCAAGACCAUAUGACAUUCAGAUUUUCCAUCAAACAAGACAGCCACAAGCACCAAAUCCUUGUGAGUCUAAUAAUGGCAAAGGGCCAUGUUCUCAUUUGUGCCUAAUUAAUUACAAUGGAACUGCUGCAUGUACAUGUCCUCAUCUAAUGAAACUGGCCCCUGAUGAAAAGAAUUGCUAUGAACAAAAGGAGUUUUUUAUUUAUUCAAGAAAUUCAGAGAUCCGUGGAGUUGAUAUUGAUAAUCCAUAUUACAAUUACAUAACACCAUUUACUGAUCCGGAUGUCAGUCAAGUUAAAACAAUUGAUUUCGAUGCAUUAGAAGAACGAAUUUAUUGGUCUGAUUUAAAGCCCCGAUUUAUAAAGCGCGCCUUCAUAAAUGGCACAGGGAUAGAAACCAUCGUCUCAGCGGAUCUACCAUAUGCUCAUGCACUUGCAGUGGACUGGAUUUCCAGAAAUAUAUAUUGGACGAGUUCUGAUUUAGAGGAAACUCAAAUAAAUGUUGCACGAUUAAAUGGAUCCCUACGGACUUCUAUCAUUCAUGGACUUGAUCAUCCACAGUGCUUAAUAGUGCACCCACUAAAAGGCAAGCUCUAUUGGACUGAUGGGAACAAUAUCAGUGCAGCAAACAUGGAUGGCAAUAACAUGAAGAAUCUUUUUUCAAAUCAAAGAGAGCCUGUUGGUCUUUCAAUUGAUUAUGCUGAAAAUAAACUGUACUGGAUUAAUUCUGAAACUGGAAUCAUAAGCAGAUGUAACCUGGAAGGCGGUAAUUUAGAAGUGAUCAGUUCGAUGGCACAAUACUUAACCAAAGCAACUGCCCUGGCUAUUAUGGGAGACAAGCUAUGGUGGGCAGAUCAAGCAUCUGGAUGGAUUGGAAUCUGCAAUAAAGUGGAUGGUUCAGAGCCUGUCAUCAUGCGGAAAAAUAUUGCAACUGUAUUGCAUAUGAAAGUCUAUGGGAAAGAGAUGCAGCAAGGUACUAAUCUGUGUAGUGUGAACAACGGUGGAUGCUCCCAGCUCUGCUUGCCAGUCUCAGAAACAAGGAAAACAUGCAAGUGCACUGUGGGAUAUCAGCUACGCAGUGAUAAAAUGUCAUGUGAGGGUUUUGAAUCUUUCCUGAUGUAUUCUCUUCAUGAAGAAAUCAGAGGAAUAUCACUUGAACCCAAUGAUAAAUCAGAUGCCUUGCUGCCAAUUUCCGGUACAUCGCUUACUGUAGGAAUAGACUUCCAUGCAGGGAAUGAUACAAUCUAUUGGACAGAUAUGGGAAGGAGUACAAUUAGCAGAGCUAAACGAGAUCAGACCUGGAGGGAUGAUAUUAUCACAAAUGGCCUUGGACGGGUUGAAGGCAUAGCGGUUGAUUGGAUAGCUGGUAAUAUAUAUUGGUCAGAUUAUGGCUUCAAUAUAAUAGAAGUUGCAAGAUUUAAUGGUUCUUUUCGCUAUGUGGUCAUCUCCCAAGGGCUUGAUCAGCCACGUGCAAUAGCUGUCCAUCCAGAAGAAGGAUACAUGUUUUGGACUGAAUGGGGACGAAAGCCUUGCAUUGGCCGGGCACGGUUGGACGGAUCAGAACAAAUUGUUCUCGUGAGCUCCAAUAUUGCGUGGCCAAAUGGAAUAUCAAUCGAUUAUGAGAAAAAUAAAUUAUACUGGUGUGAUGCCCGUACAGACAAGAUAGAGAGAAUUGACCUUGAAACUGGAGAAAGCCGAGAGAUUGUGCUGUCAGGCAACAACAUGGAUAUGUUUUCAGUUGCAGUCUUUGGGGUUUACAUCUUCUGGUCUGACAGAGCACAUGCCAAUGGAUCCAUCAAAAGAGGGCAUAAAAACAAUGCUACUGAUGCUGUUACCGUGAGAACCCAUCUUGGGGUAAACCUGAAAGGUGUGAAGGUUUUCAACCGAGCCAGAGAGAAAGGUACCAAUAUUUGUGCAAAGAACAAUGGUGGAUGCCAGCAGCUUUGCUUGUAUCGUGGAAAGGGUCGAAAAACCUGUGCAUGUUCCUACAGUGUUCUUGCUGCAGAUGCAGUCAGCUGCCAUGAUUAUGAUGGAUACUUGAUCUAUUCGGAGAGAACAAUACUGAAGAGCAUUCACCUUACAGAUGAAACUAAUUUAAAUCCUCCAAUAAGACCAUAUGAAAAACCAGAAUACUUCAAAAAUGUGAUCGCCCUGACUUUUGAUUACCGGCAAAGUUCAAAGAACACCAAUCGAAUAUUUAUGAGUGAUGUUCAUUUUGGAAAUAUACAAGUAAUCAAUGAUGACUGGACAGACAGAAGAAUAAUAGUGGAGAAUGUAGGCUCAGUUGAGGGUUUGGCAUAUCACAAAGCCUGGGAUACACUUUACUGGACAAGUUCUACAACCUCAACUAUUACAAGACACACCAUUGACCAAAGCAGGUUUGGAGCUUUCAACCAAGAUAUCAUUGUUGCAAUGUCUCCUAACGACCAUCCUCAUGUACUUGCAUUGGAUGAGUGCCACAACUUAAUGUUUUGGACAAACUGGAAUGAACAACAGCCAAGUAUAAUGAAAGCAACCUUGUCUGGAGGAAAUGUUCAAGUCAUUGUCAGCACAGACAUUUUCACACCAAAUGGACUUACAAUUGAUCAUAAAGCAGAGAAACUGUAUUUCUCCGAUGGCUCUGUCGGGCGAAUUGAAAGGUGUGAAUAUGAUGGGACACAGAGAUAUGUAGUUCUGAAAUCUGGACCAGGCACUUUCUUUGGCUUAGCUAUUUAUGGUGAUUACAUCUUCUGGACAGACUGGAUGCAGAGAUCUGUAAUGCGCUGUGAUAAGUACACAGGAGGAGAUGUUAAAGUGUUGCGUUCAGAUACAGCACAUCAACCAAUGGGAAUUAUGGUUGUGUCUAAUGAUACCAACAACUGUGAACUGUCUCCAUGCAAGAUAAUGAAUGGGGGUUGCCAUGAUCUCUGCUUGCUGACUGCUGAUGGUCAAGUAAAUUGUUCUUGUAGAGGAGAACGAAUACUGUUAGAUGACAACAGAUGUGUUGCCGCAAACUCAUCUUGCAAUAUUCACACUGAAUUUGAAUGUGGGAACAAAGACUGUAUUGGAUACCAUUUGGCAUGCGAUGGAAUUGUGCACUGCAAAGAUAAAUCCGAUGAAAAGCAAUCAUAUUGUGCAAACAGGAGUUGUCGAAAAGGCUUUAAGCAUUGCUACAAUGGCCAUUGUGUGUCCAAUGCAAAGUGGUGUGAUGGUGUGGAUGACUGUGCAGACAACUCAGAUGAAGUAUCUUGCAAUAAUUCUACAUGCAACACAGCUGAGUUUCGUUGCAGAGAUGGGACUUGCGUUGUCAAAUCAGCACAGUGCAACCAAGUGAUAGAUUGUAUAGAUGCUUCUGAUGAAACAGAUUGUGGCAACACAGAUUGCACUGGUUUCUACAGAGUUGGAGUCAAGGAUGUAAACUUUAUAAAAUGUAAUAGCACGUCCCUUUGCAUCCUCCCAUCGUGGAUUUGUGAUGGUUCCAAUGACUGUGGUGACUACACGGAUGAAUUAAAUUGCCAAGCUCACCACAAACUCAAAUGCAAAGAACACUACUUUGCAUGUCCAAAUGGAAGAUGUAUUCCAGCUUUUUGGAUAUGUGAUAAAGAAGAGGAUUGUGAAGAUGGAGCAGAUGAAUCGCAUUGUGAUUCAUUUUGUACUUGGGCUCAGUUUGAAUGCCCAAAUCACAAAUGUAUCUCUAACCGUUGGGUCUGUGAUGGUAUGAAUGAUUGCCGGGAUGGUGCUGAUGAAGCAGUUUCCCUCUGUGGUUCAGUCACUUGUGCUCCUGAUUUGUUCCAAUGUCCCAACUCGCAUGUUUGUCUCCCAAAACAUUGGCUGUGUGAUGGUGAUAAAGACUGCCCAGAUGGAAGUGAUGAGCUCUCCACAGCCGGUUGCACACACAACAGCACGUGUGACAACAAAGCUUUCAAGUGUCAGAACAAUUUGUGUGUUCCACAACAUUUUGUAUGUGACCAUGAUGAUGAUUGCGGAGAUGGAACUGAUGAACCUCCAGAAUGUGUAUACAAAUCCUGUGGCCCACAUGAAUUCCGUUGCGCUGAUGGAAGAUGCCUUAUCAGUGCAGAUUGGGAAUGUGACGGGGACUUUGAUUGUCUUGACUAUUCAGAUGAAGCACCUAAAAAUUUAAAGUGCAUAACAGGAAAACUCUGCAGCGAUUCUUUCUUUCUGUGUAAAAAUGGAAGAUGUAUAAAUGACACCCUCACUUGUGAUAUGCAUAAUGACUGUGAAGACGGAUCAGAUGAAAGGAAUUGUUUUGUUAAUGAAUGUGCAAGUAAGCGAAUCAGUGAAUGUUCACAAGACUGCCAGGAUCUUAAAAUUGGGUACAAAUGCAAAUGCUGGCCUGGAUUCAGACUGAAAGAUGAUGGCAAAACCUGCCUUGACAUUGAUGAAUGUACCACUACCUUCCCCUGUAGCCAGCAAUGCAUCAAUACCUAUGGAACCUACAAGUGUUUAUGUGCAGAAGGUUAUGAAAUACGAGCAGAUAAUCCCAAUAGCUGCAAAGCUUUGUCAGCUGAGGAACCAUUUUUAAUUUUUGCUGAUCGACAUGAAAUCAGAAAAAUGAGUAUAGAUGGAUUCAACUACACUUUAUUAAAACAGGGGCUGAAUAAUGUUCAUGCAAUAGAUUUUGACUACAGGGAAAAAUGCAUUUAUUGGGCUGAUUUCACUACACAAGGUAGUACAAUAUCAAGAAUUCAUUUGAAUGGAAGCAAUCCUGAGGUGGUGCACCACACAGGACAAGCUAUUCCAGAUGGUUUGGCAGUUGAUUGGAUUGGCAAAAAUCUAUACUGGUGCGACAAAACAAAGCUGACUAUUGAAGUCUCAAAACUUAAUGGGCUUUAUCAGACAGUCCUUGUGAACACAGGGCUGAAGACUCCUAAACAUCUUGUGUUAGAUCCUCGCACUGGAUAUUUGUAUUGGACUGACCAUGGUGAUUAUCCACAUAUCGGCCGUGUAGGAAUGGAUGGAACUAAUCAAAACGUUAUCAUAGACAGAAAAAUCUCAAAGCCAAGUGGUCUCUGCCUGGAUUAUGUGAAUAAUAGGCUGUACUGGGCUGAUCAUGAGCAAGGUUCUAUAGAGUUUGCUGACCUGGAUGGAUCCAAUAGACAUAGAGUUCAGAACCAAGAUAUUCCACAUGUUCUAGCGGUGACGUUAUUUGAAGACUACAUUUACUGGACAGAUUGGAAAACUAAGUCGGUCAGCCGUGCUCAUAAAACCACAGGUUUAAACAAGAUGUCACUAAUCAGCUCCUGGCAUCAGAUAAUGGAUAUCCAUGUGUAUCAUCCUCACAGACAACCAGAUGUGCCUGGUCACCCAUGCAAAGUCGAUAAUGGAGGUUGCAGCAACCUAUGUUUGCUGUCACCUGGAGGAAAACACAAAUGUGCCUGCCCCACAAACUUCUAUCUGGCUGCUGAUGGCUGGACUUGUCUUUCCAACUGUACCGCAAGCCAGUUUGUCUGCAGCAAUGACAAAUGCAUUCCAUUCUGGUGGAAAUGUGACACAGAGGAUGACUGUGGAGAUGGAUCAGAUGAACCUGAAUACUGCCCUGAAUUUAAAUGCAGACCAGGUCAAUUUCAGUGUGGCACAGGAAUAUGCACGAAACCAGCCUUCAUCUGUGAUGGUGAGAAUGACUGCGGAGAUAAUUCCGAUGAGGCAAACUGUGAGACACAUGUUUGCCUUCCAAGUCAGUUUAAAUGCUCACAGAAGAGACGAUGCAUUCCGAUAAUCUUCAGAUGCAAUGGUCAAGACAACUGUGGUGAUGGAGAAGAUGAAAGUGAUUGUCCUGAAGUUACCUGUUCUCCAAACCAGUUCCAGUGCGCUGUAACCAAACGGUGCAUUCCUGAAGAAUGGGUUUGUGACAAGGACCAUGACUGUGCAGAUGGCUCUGAUGAAUCAAAUUGCACUCAAAUUGCAUGUGGCACAGAUGAUUUCCACUGUCAAGGCACAAGCAGAUGUGUUCCUGCACGUUGGAAAUGUGAUGGAGAGGAUGACUGUGGAGAUGGUUCUGAUGAGCCGAAAGAAGAAUGUGACGAAAGAACUUGUGAACCAUAUCAAUUCCGAUGCAGGAACAAUCGUUGUGUACCUGGUCAUUGGCAGUGUGACUAUGACAAUGACUGUGGAGAUAACUCAGAUGAAGAAUCAUGUGCACUUCGCUCCUGCUCGAUGAAUGAGUUUACCUGUGCAAAUGGUCGUUGUGUUGCAGCCAGAUGGAGAUGUGAUGGAGAUUAUGAUUGCUCUGAUAGUUCAGAUGAAAAAGACUGUGUUAUUAAAUGCAAAGAAGAUCAGUUCCAAUGUAAGCAUGGCCACUGCAUUCCUGUCAGGUGGCAUUGUGAUGGAGAAACUGAUUGUCUAGAUGGCAGCGAUGAAGAAAACUGCGAAACAGUGAAAACAACUUGCAAUGUGGAUGAAUUCCAAUGCAACAAUACACUUUGUAAACUUAUAUCCUGGCUGUGUGAUGGAGAGGAUGACUGUGGAGACAACUCAGAUGAAAACCCGGAAACAUGUGUAAAAUUUCAGUGUCCACCCACAAGAACAUUCAGAUGCAAAAAUGGAAGAGUUUGCUUGCGACCUGAGCGAGUUUGUGAUGAAGUGAACAAUUGCGGUGACAAUUCUGAUGAAGUAAAUUGUAAGCAAAUUCAACAGUCAUGUGGGAAGGAUGAGUUUACAUGCAGCAAUGGGAAGUGUAUUCCUGUGGAACUACAAUGUGACAUGUUCAACGACUGUGCUGAUGGUGGGUCUGAUGAACAAGACUGUACUAGAAAUUAUAAUGAGUUUAAUUGUGAUCAAGAGACAAAUCCUUGUGGGAAUGAUGCCUAUUGCAACAGAACAAUGUUUUCACUUUUCUGUGAGUGUCAACCUGGCUUUCAAAGGAACAAAGCCUCAAAGCAGUGUGAAGAUAUUAAUGAGUGCCUUCAAUUUGGAACUUGCUCACAAUACUGCAAUAACACAAAAGGGUCAUACUUGUGUGCCUGUGGAAAAAAUUACAGAAAAGCUUACAACCACAGUUGUAAAACAGAAGGUUCAGAACACCAAGUGCUCUACAUUGCAACCAGAAAUGAAAUCCGUCGUAUAUAUCCAUUUGACCCGAACUCAGCCUAUGAACAAGUAUUUCAAGGAGAUGAGACUGUCAAAAUUAGUAUGAUGGAUGUGUAUGUUAAAGGCAGAAAGAUCUUCUGGACCAACGAGUACACCGGCAAAAUAUCCUAUUUAGACAUCUCAGACAGACGGGAGAGACAGACAAGUGAUGCUACAGAUCUGAAUAUCCCUGGCUUCCAAGCACCACAGGGCAUCGCAGUUGACUGGGUAGCUGAGAAUAUCUAUUGGACUGAUUCUUUCCGAAAUGUCAUCUAUGUGGCUAAGAUUAAUGGACAAAAGUAUAAAAGAAUUGUAUCUGGAAUGAUGGACAAACCCUGUGCAAUUGCUCUUGACCCCAACAGAGGAAUGAUGUACUGGACAGACUAUGGUAAACAACCCAAAAUAGAACAAUCUGCCAUGGAUGGAACUUUGCGAAGAAUUCUCAUACAUAAGGACCUACAAUGGCCUACAGGACUAUCCCUUGAUCAUUUCAAUCAACGUUUAUACUGGGCAGAUGCCAAGCUUUCAAUUGUCGGCAGUGUUCGCUUUGAUGGUAGUAAUUCGGUUGUUGUUGCCAGCAUUAAACAAGGUAUCCUAAAUCCAUUCAGUAUUGAUGUCUUUGAAGAUUAUAUUUAUGGAGUAACACACACCAACAGUCGUGUUUUUAAAGUUCACAAAUUUGGAUACACUCACCUUGAAUACUUGGUGUCAGGCCUCACUGAUGCCUCAGCUACAGUGGUGUUCCAUCAGUAUAAACAGCAAGAUUUGCCAAAUCCUUGCAAUAAAAGGAACUGUGAUUGGCUUUGUUUGCUGAAUCCUACUGGUGUAACAUGUUUAUGUCCAGAUGGAAAGAAUAUGAUUAAUGGAACAUGUGUUGAUGUGGACUCUCCGACAGCACUGCCUUAUGGAAGUACGUGUAAUCUAGUCUGUAUGAAUGGAGGAACUUGUUUUGUAAAUGAACGAGACCAGCCAAAAUGUAAGUGCAAGCCUCGUUAUGCAGGACCGGAAUGCGAAAUGGAUCAGUGCAAAGACUAUUGUCAAAAUGGAGGAAUCUGUUCUGCAUCAACAUUAGGAAAACCAGCUUGUCGUUGUCCAAUAGGAUUUACUGGUUCGACCUGCAAACAAAGAGUUUGCGACAGCUUCUGUCUCAAUGAAGGCAUUUGUGAUGUGAACACAGGAAAUCAGCCUUAUUGUUACUGUCUACCAGAUUUCACAGGGGACAGAUGUCAAUACAAUGUAUGCCAUAACUACUGCAUGAAUUUCGGUACCUGCAGAAUUAACAAUGAUGGCAGUGCUCAAUGCCUCUGCUUACCACAAUUUGAAGGACCAAAAUGUGAAGUGGAUAAAUGUGCUAUUUGCCACAGCGGAGACUGCAUUGUGAACAAAGAGACACGACAGGUGACCUGCAAUUGCACAAAUGGAAGGAUUGCAUCCAGCUGCCUGUCUUGUGAUGGAUACUGUUACAAUGGUGGCACUUGCCAGCUGGGCUCACACUCUGAAGUGCCCACUUGUGUAUGUACAGUGGGGUUUAAAAGUGAUCGAUGUGACCAGAAAAUGAACCUUUGUGAUUACUACUGUCAAAAUGGAGGGGUUUGCACUUUAACUGCACUUAAUGAGCCUCAGUGCAAGUGUUCUGAUGAAUGGUCGGGCACACAAUGUGAAAGGCCAGCUCCCAAGAGCAGCAAAACUGAGAAUACCACAGGUCGAAACAUCACUUUUAUAGUACCACUCGUCAUCCUGAUUCUUCUAAUUAUUGCAGUCGUUGUUGGAAUAAUUAUCUGCAAAAAAAGACAACGUGUAAAAAUUGUACGAAGGCAUCCACUGACGAAUGGAGGCAUGAAUGUGGAAAUUGGAAAUCCAACAUACAACAUGUAUGAAGUUGAUCGCAGUCACGAAAAUUCCGGAGGUUUGCUGGAUCCAGAUUUUACAUUAGAUCUAGAAAAGCCGACAAAUUACUCAAAUCCUGUUUAUGCAAAACUGUAUUUGGAUGCGUCAAACUGCCGGAAUUCCUUAGUGAGCACAGAGGAAAAGAAAGAACUUCUUCCAAAGAAAUUAGCAGAUGGCCUGCGGGAGACUGUUGCUUAGA